GUAUGGAACCGCCUCACGUCCGCAAUAACUUUGACUAUCUUCUCCGCUGACGAACAUCCAUGUUUUUCAGGAUAAUCUUUCAUUCUACUCUCUCUUAUCGUGCUGACUAGGAUGCUGCCUUUUAUCUUCACACUACAGGUUGUGCGUGCUGGGGAGCUCAAGGACAGUGGAACAAAUUCCUUACUGAAUCAGUUCAUCUUGGGCAAGGUUUCAUUUGUGUCCCGCGUAGUAAAGCAUUUUAAUUUUCUGCAUUUUUAUGAUCCUCGUAAUAGUAAUGUUCUUUUAAUAUUUAUCCUUGGACACCCAAUUUUUUAGUAGAAUGUAAAAGAGAGAAGCUACAGGAGAAAGUCAAUAUUUUGAACUCAACACUGUGAUGAACAGAAGUGCUCUCUCUCCUGUUUGUUCGACACGGAGAUUGAAAAAAAUGUAUAAAACAUUAGGAAAACGAUAGAAAAAUGGUUGAAAUGAUGAGACUUAUCAAUAUCUAAUCGACAUGUGUUGAAGUGUGGGUGAAUGUAGAUGGCGAUAUUGAUUUUUAUAUAAAAAAUAGUUACAUUUUAUUUUUGUAAGGUCUACAUAUUCGUAGAUGAAUUGUAUCGAAAUACAAUAAAUCGCAUCCGGGAUUUCUUUAUUUCAAGAAAGUUUAUUACCUAACCGAAAGUCAUACAGGCAUAACUCCGGAUUUUUAGACAAUGAAUCUUAAAUGAAUGAAAAAAGAAUACCCAUAAAUGAUACUCUUAAAUUAACUUGUUUUUGAAAGUUUUGAAAUGUCAAAUAAUGAAUCGGAGAUUCAGAGAAGGAAAGUAUGAAUAAUUGGUUGGGAGAGCAGUACUCUAAUCUGUCUGCAUGUAUUAAUUUGUUUAGAAGUGAUGGGUAUUAGUUGAAAGAUGGUAACCAUAAAUGUGAAUUUUGGAUGUUUUCUUACUUGUUUCUUUGGCUAAUUCCUAAUUCUUUACUUUGAAUUUUUUUUUCUAACAUUUGUUUCACCUUCUUUUCUGUUAGACCAUUAUUACUUACUCAUAUAGUCUAUUCACCUUCUGGUUUUGCAAAUUCUUGUACUGUAUUCCCUUCAACUUUUGAUAAGAUAAGUUCCUGAAUUUUUCGGGUUCAAUAUCGGAAAUUUUAAGAUGAAUACAGCAACUGCAUCAAGAAGCCAAGAAGCUGACAGGAACUCUGAGAAUCAUGAGAAUUCUAGUAUAGGAAAGGAAAAAAAGAGUGGGGGUGCAGUCCCUUUUUACAAGCUUUUCUCUUUUGCAGAUUCCACAGAUGUGAUAUUGAUGAUUCUUGGUACAAUUGGUGCUGUUGCUCAUGGCUUAUGUAAUCCUCUCAUGACUAUUCUCGUAGGAGAAAUGACUGAUGCUUUUGGUAAAAACCAAUAUACCAGCAACGUGGUCCAUGAAGUUUCCAAGGUAUCGCUGAAAUAUGUGUAUCUGGGAAUAGGGGCAGGUGUGGGAGUAUUCUUCCGUAAGUUUUCUCAACUUCAUAUAUUUAGAAGCGGAUGUGUAGUUGGAUUGCCCUUUAAUAAGUUUGAUAAUCGAAUGUUCCUUUUUAUGUGUUUGUCAGAGAUGUCUUGCUGGAUUGUCACAGGAGAGAGACAGGCUGCACGGAUAAGAAGCCUCUAUCUCAAAAAUAUUCUGAGACAAGAUGUCACUUUCUUUGAUGUUGAAACGAAUACAGGAGAAGUCAUUGCUAGAAUGUCUGGUGAUACCAUUCUCAUACAAGAUGCUAUGGGCGAGAAGGUUGGUAGAUGUGCACAACUGUUCACGACAUUCAUCGCAGGCUUUUCCAUAGCUUUCACUAAAGGAUGGCUUCUCACACUUGUCAUGCUGUCUGCCAUUCCUCUCCUUGUAUUAGGUGCUGGAAUUAUGUCACUUUUCAUCUCUAAGAUAGCUGUACGGGAACAAACUGCUUAUGCAAAAGCUGCGACAAUAGUUGAACAGACAAUUGGUUCAAUUCGAACAGUUGCAUCAUUCACUGGGGAAAGACAAGCACUGGUCAAUUUCAGCAACUCUCUUGCAAGUGUAUAUAAGUUACGUGUAAAAGAAGGCUUGAUUACUGGAAUUGGUUUUGGUGUAGUUAUCUCUAUUUUAUUCUACAAUUAUGCUUUAGCUGUAUGGUUUGGUGCAAAGAUGAUACUGGAAAAAGGUUAUACUGGUGGCGACGUAUUCAAUGUUAUUCUUGGCGUGCUGUUUGGCUCCACGUCCCUAGGACAGGCUUCGCCCUGUGUGAGUGCAUUUGCAGCAGGCAAAGCUGCAGCAUUCAAAAUGUUUGAAACUAUAAAUAGAAAGCCAGAAAUAGAUGCAUAUGAUACUAGGGGAAAGAAGUUUGAUGAUAUAUGUGGAGAUGUGGAGUUGAGAGAUGUCUUCUUUACAUAUCCAGCUAGAAGAGAUGAGCAGAUCUUUAGUGGAUUCUCUCUUUUCAUUCCUAAUGGCACUACGACGGCUUUGGUUGGACAGAGUGGAAGUGGGAAGUCUACAGUUAUCAGUCUGAUAGAGAGAUUCUAUGAUCCACAAGCUGGUGAAGUUCUUAUAGAUGGAACUAAUCUCAAGGAGUUCCAGCUGAAGUGGAUCAGAGGUAAAAUAAGUCUUGUCAGUCAAGAACCUGUACUGUUUGCAGCCACCAUUAGAGAAAACAUAGCAUACGGUAAAGAUGGUGCAACUACUGAAGAAAUAAAAGCAGCAGCUGAGAUAGCAAACGCUAGCAAAUUUAUUAAUAAUCUUCCUCAGGGACUAGACACCAUGGUUGGUGAACAUGGAACUCAGCUUUCAGGUGGGCAAAAGCAAAGAGUUGCUAUCGCCAGAGCAAUAUUAAAGGACCCACGGAUUUUACUUCUAGAUGAAGCAACAAGUGCACUUGAUGCAGAAUCAGAGAGAAUUGUGCAAGAGGCAUUAGACAGGAUAAUGGCUAACAGAACGACUGUCAUAGUGGCGCAUCGCUUAAGCACAGUAAGGAAUGCCGAUAUGAUUGCAGUGAUUCACAACGGAAAGGUGAUUGAAAAAGGAUCACAUUCUAAUUUACUAAAGAACCCUGAAGGAGCGUACUCUCAGCUUCUACUUGUUCAAGAUGUGAACAAUGAAAGCAUAGAUACAGAAGACACAUCAGACAUUACUCUUUCCGGUAGACAACUGAGUCAACGAAUGUCAUACCAGCGUUCUUUAAGUCAAGGAUCAUCUACUGUAGGGAAUAGCAGCCGGCGAUCACUAUCUGUCUCAUUCCGUCUACCAACGGGACUUACUGCUCCUGAGAUCACAAUUGGAGAGCCUCAAGCUCCUAUCCAGCAAAAAUCUGAUAAAUCCAAGAAAGUACCACUUCGUAGGCUUGCUCAUCUCAAUAAGCCUGAGGUACCAGUUUUGAUGCUAGGAUCCGUAUUUGCUAUCAUUGGUGGUACCAUAUUGCCGAUCUUUGGCAUUUUGAUAUCUGGCAUGAUAAAAACAUUCUAUGAGCCACCGCAUGAGCUGAGGAAGGAUUCAAAGUUUUGGUCACUAGUGUUUGUAGGCCUUGGAGUGGCAACAGUCUUAGUGUUUCCAGCAAGGUCAUACUUUUUUGCGGUGGCUGGGAGUAAGUUAGUAAGAAGGAUCAGAUCUAUGUGCUUUGAUAAAGUGGUUAGGAUGGAGGUAGGCUGGUUUGAUGAACAUGAGAAUUCUAGUGGAGCUAUCAGUGCUAGGCUUUAUGCAGAUGCCGCCACAGUGAGUGCUUUAGUUGGAGACACACUUGCACAGAUCGUUCAAGAUGCAGCAACAGCGGUUGCUGGUCUGGUUAUCGCUUUUACAGCAUGUUGGCAGUUGGCACUUGUUUUCUUUGCUUUGCUACCUUUUGUAGGAGUUAAUGAAUAUAUUCAAGUCAAAUUUAGGAAAGGUUUUGGGGCAGAUUCAAAGCUGAUGUACGAGGAAGCAAGUCAAGUUGCCAAUGAUGCAGUUGGGAGUAUCAGAACUGUUGCUUCUUUCGGUGCUGAAGAGAAAGUUAUGGACCUCUACAGAAGGAAAUGUCAAGCUCCUCUUGGAGCAGGGAUAAAGCAAGGAUUAAUUACUGGGUGUGGAGUGGGGAUAUCCUUUACCUUUCUAUUUUGUGUCCAUGCAACUACUUUUUAUGCUGGAGCCCGGCUUGUUCAGGAUGGAAAAACAACAUUUACGAAUGUUUUUCGUGUUUUCUUUGCACUGACCAUGGCAGCUACUGGAAUUUCUCAGUCGGGUUCUUUUGCAGCAGAUAAAAGCAAAGCCAGUAAUGCCACUACUUCUAUCUUCUCAAUUUUAGACCGAAAAUCAAAGAUAGAUCCAUGUGACGAGUCAGGGAUGACGCUCGACAAUGUUAAGGGAAACAUUGAGCUACGAAAUAUUAAUUUUACUUAUCCAACGAGACCAGACGUUCAAAUUUUCCGAGACCUCUGCUUAAAAAUUCAUAGUGGCAAGACUGUUGCCCUGGUUGGAGAAAGUGGAAGCGGCAAAUCAACUGUGAUCUCGUUGCUGCAGAGAUUUUAUGAGCCGAAUUCAGGUCAUAUUUUGCUUGAUGGGAUUGAGAUACAAAAAUUCCAAUUGAAGUGGCUAAGGCAACAAAUGGGACUUGUGAGUCAAGAGCCAGCAUUGUUUAAUGAGACAAUUCGAGCUAACAUUGCUUAUGGAAAGGAAGGAGGUGCAACUGAAGCAGAGAUAAUAAAUGCGUCGAGGUUGGCUAAUGCCCACGAUUUCAUUUGUGGGUUACAACAGGGUUAUGAUACUGUAGUAGGGGAGAGAGGGAUACAGCUAUCUGGUGGACAAAAGCAGCGUGUGGCCAUUGCACGUGCUAUAGUAAAAAAUCCCAAGAUACUGCUUCUAGACGAGGCCACUAGUGCUCUAGAUGCUGAAUCCGAGAGAGUGGUUCAGAAUGCAUUAGAUGGUGUGAUGGUGCAUCGGACCACAGUAGUGGUGGCACAUAGGUUAUCUACUAUCCGAGGUGCGGAUGUGAUCGCUGUGGUGAAGAAUGGAGUCAUUGUAGAGAAAGGAAAGCAUGAGAGCUUGAUGAACAUCAAAGAUGGUGUCUAUGCAUCCUUAGUUGCACUUCAAACCAACAGUUAAUCUUAAGAAUCUGAUAAGAGUCCAAGGCAGGGACUUGAUCAAUGUCAUUACAAUUCUAUUCUGCAAAUGAACAGAAUGUGCAAUAGGAACUGCAACUUAACUAGCUAUGAAUUCUUGUCAAAAUCGGAUGAGUUAUACAUCCUUUGUUUUAUCAUAUCAAUUGGUGGUUUGAGACCGUG